ACGAUUCGCCAUGUAUAAUUGUUAGUUAUUAAUCCACUUAAUUAGCUUAAUUAAUUAACUAAUCAAUCAAAACUACAUAGUUUGAGUUUGUUUCUAAUUAUCCUUGCGAAUUUUUACUUGGAGCUUAAAUUGCUUUAGUGGAUUGUUUUUGUGCAAAGCAAAGGAUGCAUAAUAUGUAUGAAUGAUCUUUCUUUUUCUUGUGUUAUAUAUGAUAGAUUAUGAGCACUAGGAUAAUGUUUCUUGCUAGAGAACAAUAAUGGCCGACUCAGAUGAGCCUCUUAAGGCGGUGCAGAAUUAUAAAUUAUUGGUGCACGAAAUUGAGAUAUUUGUUUUUAAGGAAAAACAAUGUUAAUGGGCACUAUAUCUAUGUAUUUCACUUUAUUCUUUCUAUGAUAAAUAAUUUGAUGCAAAACGUAGUGUUAGCAUGUGAAGAACUAGAAAAUGGUAUACUCUAAAUGGCUUUUUUUCUAGAAGAGCAAUAUUGGGGCAGAAGAGAACUGAAAUUGGUUUCUGCUGUGUUGUCAGCUGCUUAUUGAAAGGACUUGUAUUUGUACUCAAAGUUGCUGAAUGGCAUAAAAAAAGCUGGUGUCUAAUAGUGGCUUAAAGUGGCCAUGUGAAAACCACUUCUGAAAGAUAGUAGGUGCAGUAGCAAUAACACAUUAAAACCUCUUUUCCCUAGUGCUACCUCCACCAUGACUCAUGGGUUUUGUUUUGUUUGUAAUCAUUUCUUGAGUUUCUUCUUUCACUAUAAAAAGGCAUGAGAUUUGGCCAAUGCUCACACACUGCAAAUUGAAAAUGGAUGUUUUUACAAAAUGCAUUUGCUUUCUUGCUCUUCUUGUGAUUUUGGGCGUCAGUGAGCUGAAUCAGGCUCAUGGUGCCGGCGAGUGUGGGAGAAGUACUUCCCCUGACAUGGAGGCUUUCAAACUGGCUCCUUGCGCGUCUGCCGCGCAGGAUGAGAAUGCCUCAGUCUCCGCCCGCUGUUGCGCUCAGGUGAAGAAAAUUGGCCAGAACCCGAGGUGCCUCUGUGCCGUCAUGCUUUCCAACACUGCUCGGAGUUCUGGGGUGAAUGCGGAAGUGGCUAUCACCAUCCCUAAGCGCUGCAACAUUGGAGACCGUCCUGUCGGUUACAAGUGUGGACCUUACACAUUGCCUUGAAGACUGAAGACUUUAGACCAUACGCGAGUGGUGGUCCUAUGCUUAUUCAGUUUGGUUCAAAGAUGUGCUUAAAAUUGUAUCUUUUCGGUUACUUCUUAUAGCUAUUUGCUUUGACAUCCAGACGCCUAAAACAUAAAUAAAUGCCUGGUGUGUUGAACUGCGUUUCCUUAAAUAAGCUUCUUGUUUGUCUCUACUCUUUGCUUACUAAAGCAGCUUUCUUGGGAAUUUGUCUUUAUGUAAAAAAAAAAGAAAAAAAAGAAAAGAAAAAAGAGUACGUGAAAGAUUUUAUGUCCUGAA